GGUGACCAACACAGACAUUGGGACCCAGAAUGGGGGUCACAGCUGUGUUGAUUCCUGCUGCUCUGGUUCCGAGACCUGAGAACUGGUUUGCAGGAGGAGCUUGGACAUGCAGGCGGGAGAAGCCUCAGAGUGUCGCGAGCAGAGCUGGAUGGGUGAUUGUGGUGGGAGCUCAGGACCAGAUGCUGAUUGGAAUGUGCGCAGUGAGAACUGUGCUCACCAAGUUUCAGGGGGAAGAGGACCGUGUUGGGAAGUGGACUAGAGGCCAUUCGGGUUACAUUAUUGCAAAGAGCCUUUCUGCGUUUUGUCGGUGCCCUGAGACUUUCUAUCAGGCUGAAUUCAAAGCUUACAGACUAUUCGGCCUACGGGAGGAAAGUGCCCGGCAGCACAGCGAUCAGGCAGUGGCACAGGCUGGAGGUUUUCAGCCAGGUGACAGAGAGAAUCAGGAGCCAAAAGCAGAGCAGAAGGAUUUGAAAAAUUUGCAGUUUGGCCAGAAAUAAAGCAGGUUUAAAGUUGUGGCCAAAGUAUGUGUAGUUGCUGAGAUCAGCACCCCUAAAGAGAAACCUGCUUCUUGGGGAGUCAGCAGGAGAGAUACCACGAGGGCACCUCAGGAAAUGCAGGACCACACCCACUGCAGGUUCAGGGCUGCAGUAGUGCACACUCCUUGGGCUGCCUAGGAAGUCGUUUCCCCAGGGAUCCUUUCAGCCCGGCUCCCUGGCACUUGGCGGUGAGGUCCACGGGGGGCCUGGUGACUGCUCAAGCUGGUGAUGGUUCUGGCCAUGUCGUACAGAAUCUGCAGGAAUGAAAAUUGCUGUGGUUAUGGGUCCUGGAGGCUUCUGCUGGGAUCUCAAAGGGAAGCUCGGAGGCCAGGCAGUGCGUAGCAGCCAUGGACAACUGCAGGCAGGCCCUCAGAUGGCGACCCAGGAAGCCGUGAGAGUGAAGCCCAAGCUGCAGUGGAGAGCCCUGGGAGUCAGAGAUGCCAAGAGUAUGGGACAUCUGCUGAGGAGAGCUGCAGGGAACAAGCAGAGCCAGCUCCAGAGAGGCCACGUGGGCUGCAGCGGGCCUCGGGGCCCACAGGGCAUGGAGCUAGGGGAUUAAUGUUUUCCCAGCAGGGUUUCAGUCUUGCUCUGACCCCAAGGUUCUAUGCCCCUCUUUCUCCCUGGUGGAAUGGGAUGUCUCCUCUGUGCCAUAACAUAUUGCAUACACGUCACUUGCUUUUGAGUUUUACAGAGGCUCACACUGAGAGCUUGUCUUGAGUGACUCGGCCAGUGACUGGUCACCUAGACGGGUCCUGCUUCCUCCAUGUUGCAGGGUCACAGCAGAGAAGCACGCCCAGGCAAGCGUGGAGUAGGAAGUGAGAAGCUUUAUUAAAGGACAGUGCAGCAGGCUUCUCCCACGUGGAAGAAGGGGACCCAAAGGCAGAAUCCGUGGAAUGAGGAAGUCCUGUCCCUUUUAUGUGUCUGAAGUCCCCUGUUCUCCGCAUUCUUCCCCCUUAUCUUGUUCAUUUCCCUCACCCUGCACAGAGGCUGGGGAUGCGGUGGGAUGGCCAGGGGGUGAGCAGGUGGCCUGGAAGGGCCAGGUGGAGUGCUGGACAGGAAGGGAGCAGAAGCCCAGGGCUUCGAUGGGCAGCUCCCUGUCUGCUCAGGAGUUGCUUAAAACAAUUCUUUUGGGAGGGGGAGUAUCGAAGGGCUCUGGAGACAUGAGCCUUCCAUUCUCCCAGGGGCUGUUUCCCAUGUGCUUGGCUCUAAUCAGGCUCCUGUUUUUCCAUCUGACCGACUGGAUUCAUCCAGCUACACCAACUACCUGUCUUUAAAUCUGGCUUCAAGAGGAGCCCUUGGACUUGGACUUUUGAGCAAUUCUGUUAAGGCUACUGGGACUCCUAGAGAUGGACUGAAUGCAUUUUGCAUUUUGAGGUAGCUAUGAGCUUAGGGGAUUGUGGGGGGACGUCAGGGCUUGGAUCUGGAAUUUCUCCCAAGAGCUCGUGGGUUGGAAACAUGAUCCCUAGUGCAAUGAGGUUCAAAGGCGAGGCUUGCAGGCGAUGACCGGAUGGGACAUCUUUAGCCACCAUUGAUAACUGCAUGUGGACUGGGGGGAGGUGGGACUGAGUUGGGAGAGGAGGGGCACCCUCUGGAAGGGUUAUCUGCCCUCAGCUUUUCCCUCUCCUUCCUGGGUUCACGAGCUGGGAAGCUUUGUGCCAACCUCUUCUGCAGAGCUGAGCCGGCUCCAAGGGGAGGAUGGACCCUUCAUGGCUGCACCCUCUGAAAUGGUCCAGCCGAGACAAACCCUUCCGCCUCCAAGUUUUUCUAGUCAGGUAUUUUGGUCACGGUGAAGAAGAUCUGACUGACACACGGGCCUAACUGGGGCACACUGACACUGGGCCUAACUGAAAGCACAUUGGUGACUCACACUCAGCAAGUUUGGGUUGAAGGGACAGGGGCUAGCACCGAGGACUUUCAGAAUUGGCAAGUUCUUGUGUUGACACCUCUCAAAAGCCCCUCUCCUUCCCCAGCCGCUCCUCUUUCCGCAAGGCUGUCUUCAAAACUCCCCUGGCUGGAACCCAGGAACCUUUGGCCCUCUUGUGGUGGGAGGCCCCCUAUAGAAACUCCUGGGAACCCUGGCCCCAUUGGGCAUCAUAAAAGGUCGGAGAGGCAAGCACAGGCCCUCCUCCAAGGGUCGGUGGGUGGAGCCAACAACAGAGUCCAAAAGGCCAGGAAGACCCCUCCUGGCCAGAGGUUGCCAGCUCAGCCCACAGGUCAGGCACCACAGACGGGCCCACUGAGAGGCAGCUUGGCUUCUGGAAACUGGUGGACGUGACUUGCCAUAGUGACAAAUCUACAGAGACAAACCCCAUGCUCAGCAGCACAGAGGCAGAGUGGGCAGCUUGUCAAGUUUGGACGACACGAGCGUCUUCAAGAAUAAUGACCGACAGGCCUGCGUGGCGCACCCUGUAAUCCCAGCGGCUCAGGAGGCUGAGGCAGGAGCAUUGCAAGUCCAAAGCCAGCCUCUGCUACUUAGUGAGACCGGGUCUCAAAAUAAAAAAGGGCUGGGGAUGUGGCUCAGGGACCCCGAGUUCAAUCCUCAGUACCAAAAAAAAAAAAAAAAAGAAUAAGAAUAAGAAUGACGACUGACAGAGAUGCAGAGUGUGUUAAAUCCACGGGUCCCACACAUGACAGCCAAGAAGCCACACCGUGUCCAGCAGAGAAGCAAAGGUCGGUGCACACAGUGGACCACCGUGCAGCCUUGACAAGGAGGGGCUCUGAUACCUGCUGCAGCAGGCAAGGACCUCGAGGACACAGUGCUGACUGAAAGAAGCCAUCGCAGGUCCUUUUAAAUAGUACACUUCUCAGUAGGACCAACAAGACGCACAAGGUGUACCAGAAGGCUUACAUUAGAGCCACCCUGAGAUUGGAACCUGCAAACAUGCCAGUUCAAAAAUUAGCGUGCAGAGACAGAUUUCUGAACCAAAGCGGACGGAGACCACAGGCCCACAGGCGCUCCACCAGGAAGCUGACAAGUGCCCACUUCACAGUUCCUCGAGAGAGUGCUGGGAACAGCCAGGAGAGGGGAAAUGCCACCCCAGUGACCACCCCGCUCUCUCAGACAGUCCCGGGACUGUCUGCCGGGCUCUGCAACGCGUCUUUCGAGGAGAGCAGAGUGGUCCUGGUGGUGGUGUACAGCACGGUGUGUGUGCUGGGCCUGCCGGCCAACUGCCUGACCGCGUGGCUGACGCUACUGCAGGCUCUGCAGGGCAACGUGCUGGCCGUCUACCUCUUCUGCCUGGCGCUCUGUGAGCUGCUCUACCUGAGCACGUUGCCGCUCUGGGUCAUCUACAUCCAGAACGAGCACCGCUGGACCCUGGGCCCCAGGGCCUGCAAGGUGACCGCCUACAUCUUCUUCUGCAACAUCUACAUCAGCAUCCUCUUACUGUGCUGCAUCUCCUGCGACCGCUUCCUGGCGGUGGUGUAUGCACUGGAGAGCCGUGGCCGGCGCCUCCAGAAGACCGCCGUCUUCAUUUCUGUGUGUGUCUUUGUCCUCGUGGGGCUUGUUUACUACCCGGUGUUUGACAUGGAAAUAGAGAAGGAGAGCUGCUUCGAGCCAAUGCGGAUGAACGAAAAAAUCGCGGGCUACCACUACGCGCGGUUUGCAGUGGGGUUCGCCAUCCCUCUCUGCACCAUAGCGUUUACUAACCACCGGAUCUUCAGGAGCAUCAAGCUGAGCAUGGGCCUGACCGCUGCCCAGAAGGCCAAGGUGAAGCACUCGGCCAUAGCAGUGGUGGUCAUCUUCCUGGUCUGCUUCGCCCCCUACCAUGUGGUUCUCCUCAUCAAAGCGGCCACCUUCUCCUACUACAGAGGAGACAAGGUUGCGGUGUGUGCCUUUGAAGCCAGCCUGUACACGGUGUCCAUGGUGUUCCUCUGCCUGUCCACGGUCAACAGCGUGGCUGACCCCAUCAUCUAUGUGCUGGCCACAGACCAUUCUCGGCAAGAAGUGUCCAGAAUCCAGAAGGGGUGGAAGAAGUGGUCUGCAAAGACAGAAGUCACCAAGCUCACGCAUUCCAAGGACUCAGAGGAGAUGCACUUCCCCAUGGCGCUCGCAGACGACUGUGCGCUCCCCCCGCCUGUGAACCCUCCCAGGCUGCAGCCAGCUAAGUGGGGCUCAGCGCACACCCCGGAGAGGCUGGUCGAGGAGACCUGCUGAGACCAUUGUACUGCAGGGGAGGACCACAGGUGUGAGAAGCCAGGGCCAGAAACGUGGUCACACUGCCCAUCAGCCACAGUGUCCAUGUGCUGGAGCCACCCGUUUGGUGAGCCUCUGCCCCCUAGGGUCUCCUGACUGGAAGGUGGCAGUGUGUAACUGGGUGAUGCUCCCAGGCUGUCGGGAGCCAGAGAGCCAGAGAGCAUGGGCAUGGGCAGAGGGAGAUGCCAGCUUGUUCUGCGGGUUCCCUCAGCCAUUAGCCAACGCAGGGCUGCAGCAGAGCUCUGGACGACAGCUUCAUGAAUGUGCUUUGCUGCAGGCAUUGCUGGGUGACUGCUGCAGUGUGUCAGGGGGCUUUCCGUGCUUCUGCUUCACAGGUCGAUACAAGCCACAACGAGGGGCACCCUGCACCGUCACAGUGCCUAGACACUGGCACAGCCCAGCAGCAGCAAGAGGCAGGAGCCCAGCCCUGAGGACACUUGUCUGGGCUUGGUUCUGAGCUGAGCAGACACAUGCUGCCAGGGGUCACCAAAGGGAGUCAGAAGCCAGGGUGGCCAGUUGUUGGUGCCCAGUAGGGUAGUCCAUGUGUUUUCCACAGGGAGCCCCAGACACUCAUGCUGGGAAGGCCAAUCAGUCAAAAAUGCUGGUAGACACCCCAGGAAGGCUGAGAUACAGCUGCCACAGAGCAAGAGGACGCUUGGAAUUCCUUCACAUCGAGACUUCCUGACUUCAUUGUCACAGGGGAAGGGGUCGGGAGCUGGGACAGAGCAAGCAGAUGACUGCCUAGCGCCUCACCAGGUUGGAGUACAGGAGGAAACUCACGGCCCACUCGGAUCCCAGCUCUGCCAGGCCAUGCUGAUGACUCAGUUUCCCCAUAUGGAUACUGGGAACAAUGACACCUACCUCACUGGGUCACUGUUGGGGCUGACCCUCCCACCUGCCUGAUAUCCUAGCCUCAGCAAGAGUCUCAGCAGGAGACUGAGCCGAGCAGGUGGAGCUGCCUGGACAUAGGGCCGGCACCAGGGGCACGCUCAAGUUUCCUUCCCGGGGAACUGCACAGAGCCCCUGUGUUGAGUCAGGUUCUCAUUUCUGUAAGGCAGGUGUGGGUCUCUGCUCUUCACUGUGAGAGACACCCGCAAAACACACAGAAACACACUUAGAAAUAAAAACACAAAAAUACA